AUGAGUCAUUAAGAUCACAACCAUCAAUUACUUACAAUAAUGGGAGCAUUAUUCAAACUUCAGAUUUAAUGCCAAAUUCAACUAUUAUAUACUCAGAUUUUAAUAUUUCUUUUAACAUAUCAGAGACACUUAAUAAUCGUCAUACAUAUGGAACUACAAACGGUCUCUAUAAGAAAGCUAUAAAUGUUGAAUUGGAUGCUGGCUCUAUUGCAAUAGAAACGCUUAAUAAGUUGCUAGAAAAUUUUAUUCAACAAUAUUCUGUUAAUUCUAAUCAGAACUUAAUUACUAACAUUACUUCAAGAGAAACUCAAGAUAAUGAAUUAAGUGAUCCAGAUGACAAUCAAGAUGGUAUACCAUUUGAUGUAUCUACUGUUCAAGAUCCAGCAACCAAAAGAAAAAGAGGUGCACCAAGGGUUAAGCAUAUUAAAAGUUCUCUUGAAACAAGGAAUGCACAAUCGAGUAUUAAGAAAGAUAAAGCUAUACGCCUUUGUUCUCGCUGUAAGCAGCCCAAUCACUAUGCUAAAACCUGCACUGUUGAUCCUUAA